CGGGCAGAGGGAGCCAUGGUGUUGGCAGAGUGACACAGUGCCCCACAGAGCCCGGCUCUCUCCUGUCUCCUGGAUGCUGUCGCUGCUGCUGCUGCUGUCCCUGCUCUGGGAGGGGUCCCUGUCCCAGACACUGCGGAUGCAGCGUUCGGUGACCGUACAGGAGGCGAUGUGUGUCCACAUUCCCUGCACCUUUCGGGCCUCUGAACUCCGAUACCAUUCACCCAGCCCUGUUUAUGGCUACUGGUUCAGAAAAGGGGUUCCUGUUAGAGAUGGUGAUCCUGUGGCCACAAAUGACCCAUUCCGUUGGGUGCAGGAGGAAGACCGGGACAGAUUUUAUCUUCUUGGGGACCCCAGGCUGCUCAAUUGCUCUCUGAGCAUCAUGGACCCCAAGCUCUCAGACACUGGGGAAUAUGUCUUCCGUUUGGAAAGAGGAGGCCUCAAGUUCAGUUUUAUAAUGAAUCCCCUUUAUGUGAAUGUGACAGGCUUGACCCAGAAACCAGACAUCUACGUUCCAGAGAAUCUAGAGUCGGGGAAAGCAGUGACUCUGAAUUGUUCAUUUCCUUGGGUCUGUGAGGAAAAUAAGACCUUCAGAUUCUCCUGGAUGGGGGCUGCCCUCCCCUCCCAGCAAAAAGUGCUCAGUUCUUCCCCCUACUCAGAGCUCUCCUUCAUUCCUGGGUACCAGCAUCAUGGCACCAACCUCACCUGUCAGCUGACCUUUACUAGACACCAAUUGAGCACAGAGAGAACCAUCCAACUCAAUGUGUCCUAUCCUGUGCAGAGUGUGACCAUCUCCAUCACCCAGGACAACAGCACAGCAGAUCCUGUGCAGAAUGCGACCAUCUCCAUCGCCCAGGACAACAGUAUAACAGGAAACAGCUCACUUCUUGUGGUAAAGGAGGGAGAAUCCCAACACCUGCUCUGUGCUGCCAACAGCAAUCCCUCAGCUACCCUGACUUGGAUACUGAGGAACCAAACCCUGGCCUCUUCUCAGCUCUCAGAUAAUGGAGUCCUGCACCUGGAGCUGCCCCACAUGGGACCAGCAGAUGCGGGGGAAUAUACUUGCCUUGCUCAGCAUCCUCUGGGCUCCAAAGAGGUCUCCCUGACCCUCUCUGUGCAAUAUGCCCCAAGGAUGUUCGGCCCUUCGUGCUUCUGGGCUGAGGAGAGAUUGAAUUGUACCUGUUCUGUCCAAGCAGAGCCAGCUCCUUCAGUGCGCUGGUGGAUAGGAGGAGAGUAUAUUGAUCACAACAAUAACAGUGACAACUUCUGGGUGCUGUCUAUCAAGUCCGGACCAUGGAUCAACAGCAGCUUGAUAAUGAAAAUGGACAGAGUCCCCAGUAUCACUAUUAGCUGUGAGGGGAUGAACACACAAGGAAACCAAACUCUGCUCUUCCAGCUAGUGCCAGAUAGGACCGAUCUGUCUCAUGUUUUCCGAAGGGGUAUCAUCAUAGGUGUCCUCUGUGGAGCUGGUAUCUCGACGCUACUUAUCCUCUGCCUCCUUCUCCUAAUAAAGAUGUUCAGGAAGAAGUCAAUGACAGCAACACCAGCAGCAUCCAGGGGGGAAGCAGAGGAUCCCAAGAGGUCAUCCUGGGCAGGCCAGUCCCUCGAUCCCAUUUCACCAGCUGUAGACCCAGCCCCAAACCCAGCAGCUCCAGAUGAUGGACCAGAGGAGUUACAUUAUGCCUAUCUCAACUUCCAAGCAGUGAAAGCUAGAGAAGAUCAUGGAUCUACUGACCCUCUCACUGAGUACUCAGAGAUUAAGAUCCAAUGAGCAACUAUUGAGGAUACAGCCUUGGUUCUACACUUGGACCCUAGGGAUAAAUUUUAUGGACCACUAUAUCUCUAAGCCUAUUUCUCCUAAGCCCCCAUGAGCGUACUUCCCAAGAAUAUUCAAAUGGCAUAAUAAGAACAAUAAUUUCAAAAUAUCCCUCUCCAAAACUUGGGACCCAAUUUUUCAUCAAAUCACACAGUAUGUUGUAUGUACAUAUGUAUGUAUCUUUUGGGGGGGGUGGUGGAGAGUGAGUGCAAACUUUUAGUAAAUGAUAAUGAGAUACAAGUAGAGGGAACAUAUGUGGCCAAAGCAACUUAAAGUGCUGAAAUGCAGGGCAUCAAUGAUAUUUGUCUUUUCUGAAAUGUCCUUGCAAAGUUCACUGCUGAGCAUGUUAUCUGUGCUAUAUGGGGGACCCUGUUGCUAUGCUAGUCCAAUCCACUACUAGGCUGGAUCACUCUAUUAUUGAAAUCUGUUAGCUCUUCACAGGUUAUAGAAUAUCAGCUGGGUGGAUCAGUCCAUUGGACUUACUUGGCUGAGCUUUAUUAUUAUUAUUAUUAUUAUUUGUUGUUAUUUUUUAAUUUUUUUUUGUUACAUGUAUAUUUAAUUUUAAAAAAAUACAUUGGGAGAAAAAAUCAGAACAAAAGGAAAAAACAUGAGAGAGAGAAAAAAGAAAAAGAAAAAAGUGAACAUAGCAUGUGUUGAUUUACAUUCAUUCUCCAUAGUUUUCUCUCUGGAUACAGAUAGCAUUUUCUUCCCAAAGUUUGUUGGGAUUGUCUUGGAUCACUGAAUCACUGAGAAGAACCAAGUCUUUCAUAAAUGAUCAUCACACAAUCUUGCAGUUACCAUGUAUACUAUAUUCCUGGUGCUACUUGUUUCACUCAGUUUGUGUAAGUUCGUGUAAAUCUUUCCAGUUGGCUGAACUUUACUGUUCUUUGGCUAAUUUAAGUUAGCUCCCUGAUUAGAGCUAUAGUCUUCAGAAUUUUCCAUUUCAGAUUAAACAUUGGGGAAAACACAAGAUUUGGAGUCAAAUUCCCUGUCUUCAUGCAGCUUCCAGUCUAGCAAGGAAAUAGGACACAAACACAAGGAAUGCUAAUAUCAUAAUAUAUAAGAGCAUUAGAAAGAAACAGAACAAAGUACCCAAUAACUCCCAGUAGCAAAGUAAUUUAUCAAAGAUUUUAACUUGAUAUUUACUAAAUACUUACUAUUAAGUGUUUUUUGCUUGGUACUUAAAUAUUUUCAAUAUAUUUCAAUAUUUCUCUCAUGAGAAAACUGUAGCUCAGAUAAAAAAACAGCAUCAUAGAUUUAGACACAUAAGAGACAUUUCAAGUUUACUAAGUCCAACCCCCUCAUUUUAUGAAUAAGGAAACUGAAGUCAAGAGUGAUUAAAUAAUUUGCUCAAUGAAUAUCUGAGCAGAUAUCAAACCCAGAUUUUUCUGACUCUGAGUCUCUCUAUAUAACACUGAACAAAAUAACACAACCAGGAAGUGAUAAGUCUAGAAUUCAAGCUCCCAUUUACUAGUGUCCUUUCUCCCUCCCUUUCUCCUCUUUCUUUUUCCCUCCUUCCCUUUUUCAGUCCCUCUCUUCCUCCCUCUCCUUCCUCCCUCUCUUUCUUCUUCCCUCUCUCCCUCCCUCCCUCCCUUUCUUUUUCCCUCUCUCUCUCCCUUUCUUCUUCUUUCUCUCCCUCCUUCCCUUCUUUUCUUCCUUCCUCCUUUCCUCCAUCUCUCCCUCCAUUUUUCCCUCCCUUCUUCCUCCCUCCCUUUGUCUUUUUGUCCCUUUUUCUUUCCUUCCUCUCUUCCGUCUCCUUCCCUCCCUCCUUCCUUCCUUUUUUCUCUUUCUUUCUUCUUCUUCCUUCCUCCCUUCCUUUCUUCUUCUCUUUUCUCUUCGUCUUUAUUUUUUCUUCCCUUCCCUUCCCUUAUUCUCACUGAGUCUGUCUUUAUUUUUUUGCCUCUCUGUGUCUGUUUGGCUAUCUCUACUAUGAUUUAAUUGGCAUAGGGAACUCCAUCCACCAAUGGAGUUUUAGCCUUUUACUUUUAGCCUUAAAGAGUGACCUGAAUGACCUUGUGCUAAGAGGUUAAUGUCAUUCUCAGAAGCACAAAACUAGUUGAGGCAAGAGGCAGUAUAUAGUACUGACUCUAAAGUUACAGGAUGUGGUUUCAAAACUCACCUUUGUUACUUCUUGUAGAGGGCCGUAGAUGGUGGGGGAACUCUGGGUAAGGUAUAAGACCCUUUAGCCCAUAGGGAACCUGCUGACAAUGUCUGGUUUGGUUCUUCAUCUCCCCUAAGGGUUCUCAUCCUUCCUGAGAAGUCAGGGAGGACAUGACCCCCUCCCUUUGGUGUUUUCACCCUUCCUGAGAAGUCAAGGAGGGCAUGAGAACACCAAACAAAUGUUUUCAUAAUGAAAACAUUUCCAACUUCUAGUCAUAUUCAAAUGAAUAAUCCCUAAUAAAAGUGGUUCUUUCUUUAAAAUAUUUAUAAGAUGAAUGACAUCUUUUCUUUUCUUGGAAUAACUAAUUGUGCUGGUAUUCUUUUCAUUAACAUUGAGAGAAUUAUGAUAUUAACAUCAUUAAGUAACAGAAUUAUAUCCUAGUUUCACAAGUCUUUACAUCAUUUGCCUAAUUAUCCCCAUAUCAUUAAGAGAAUUUUUUUUGAACCUGAAUAUAUAACUAGUAAUGGGCAAAUGGUAAGGUUAAAUACUUAAUCGCUAGUUGUUUGGAAUGUAGAAAGUACUAAAAAUUCUAGACCAAAUGACUCAGAUCUUGUAUCAGCAUUUCACUAUAGUAACUCAGAUAGAGUUCAGCAUUAAACUAAAAGAUAAAUAUCUAAUAUUGUGUUCAUACUGAUCUCAUAACAUGAUUAUAGAAAUUUGAAUAAAAGAAGAAUCAAGAACAUAAGGAAUAAUGCUUCCCUAACUUCAUGUCAAUUCUAGUCAAAAGUUAUGCAGGUAGCCAAUUGCAUUGAGCAAGGCUUAAAAUCAACUAAGUAAGAUAUUUUCUAUUCAAGGGAAAAGGAGAAAUAUAAUCAGAAAAAUCUUACCUCAGCUUAUGCUGACAGCCAUUCUCCCAUUUUUUUCCAUGAGUUAUGAGCAUCAUUGAACCUCUUUUGUUUUUGUUUCAAGGAACAGGAUUUUAGUACAGUCAGUCAUCUUAAUGAAGAGCAGUAAUCUAUAAGUUGUAUUACCUAAACAGGAAAUCUGAUUUUACUUAUGCUUUACUUAUGCAUACUUAAAAGUAUGCUUUUAAAUACUUAUUUAAAAAUAAAUUUAUUUUUAAUUUUUUUAUUAAAGCUUUUUAUUUACAAA